AUGAUGAUGUGGUCCAACUUCUUCAUGCAAGAGGAGGACCGGCGGCGCGGGGCCGCGGGCCGGCGGCGGGCUCGCGGGCAGCGCAGGUCCGGGCUGACGCCGGAGCGCGAGGGCAAUGUCAAGCUGGGGCUGCUGCUGACGGCCGUGGGCGCCACGCUGGCCGUGUUGGCCGUGGGCACCGAGUUCUGGGUGGAACUCAACACCUACAAGGCCAACGGCAGCGCCAUCUGCGACGCUGCCCAUCUGGGGCUCUGGAAGAUGUGCACCAAGAGGCUGUGGCAGGCCGACGUGCCCGCGGGCAGAGAGACGUGCGGCCCAGCGGAGCUGCCUGGAGAAGCAAACUGCACCUAUUUUAAAUUCUUCACCACGGGGGAGAAUGCACACAUCUUCCAGAGAACCACAAAGAAAGAGGUGAAUAUGGCGGCUGCUGUGAUGGCACUUCUGGCCUUGGCGGUCAUGGCCCUGGGGUGCCUUUCUGUCAUCAUGGUGCUCAGCAAAGGUGCAGAGUUCCUCCUCCGAGUUGGAGCCUUCUGCUUUGGCCUCGCAGGCCUGCUGCUCCUGGUCAGCCUGGAGGUGUUCCGGCAUUCCGUGAGAGCCCUGCUGCAGAGGGUCGGCCCUGAGCCACCCCCAGCCCCGGCCCUGGCCUACGAGUACUCCUGGUCUGUGGGCUGUGGCUUGGGGGCCAGCCUGGUCCUGCUGCUGGCUGGCGGCUGCUUUCUGCUGCUCACCCUGCCUCCCUGGCCCUGGGGCUCACUCUGUCCCAAGCAGGGGCACAGGGCUGCCUAGAGCCACCGUUGUGCUUUCUCCUGGCUCCUUCUAGAUGCUUCUCUUUCCGUGGUCCUCCUCAGAACCGUUUGCCCCACGUCCUGGAGAAGCUGUGUGCUCCCUGACAUGGGGCACACGUUGUUUGCACAAACCUGCCUCUCACGGCCUCGGCUGUAAAUACAUUUUUCUGGGUGGCUGAAUUUGGGAUGCUUGGGGUGGGAUGGGGAGAGGUUUUUGCAAACGAGGGUCCCCAGGGAAGGAUGGCGGGGACCUGAUGGGGUAACCAGGGAGUGGGGUGGGGGUGAGGUCAGGGUUCUUGGGAGGGUGUUGGACCUAUUCGUGUCCCAGGAUUUACUCACUGGUGGGAGAGACUUCUGGUGAAAGCGAACCUUGGGGAAACGGGGAGCGGGGAGGGCCAGAGCUCUGGGUCUGACCCGCUGUCGUCUGGCCUGUGGGAUUAAAGGUUUGGAAACUUGAUUUGA